AUGAAGAAAAUUUACUCAUUUUUUGCCACAUUUCCAAUAAUACACACGCUCUUGAUCACCGUUAAAAUCGUCAACAAAGAGGAUUUAAAACAGCUCUCGAAAUUUUCGGAGCGCUUUCAAAUCGACUGGUUCACCCGCGAGACUUCACAGGCUGUUGGAAAGAACAUUGAUAUGAGAAUCAAAGGCAUGACUAGAGUGGGCAAUGAUCAGUUGUUUUCGAUCAAAACAGGAAAUAUCAUUUUGAAUUUUGUUAUUUGUUUAGAUGAGAACGAUACAAUUCAGUUGGGCAUUACCUUCCUCGAGCACGAGUCAGAAAACGAUGAUCAAAAAGAGCGCUCGGCUGGAGCAGGUUCACGUGAUCGCAGCGAACAAGAUGCAAAAGUGAGGACGAGUGGAAGUGGAAGUGGCGAGCCCUUUGAUCUCGAAAAUGACGAGCACACAGCGCAGUUGCUUCGGAAAAUAGACUUUGAGGAUUACAAAGAUUGGAGCGCGUUCCGCGACUGGUUGUUUCUCCUCAUGAGAGCAAAAUCAAGCAAAUCUGUUCCUGUCAAUGCGACAAUAAUGGGACUUACUUUUGAAGAGAGAGAACUCUUCAUCGUAAGAAUCGGUCCUAAUUUCGCGCCGAAAAUCGUGCUCGAAUGUGGAAUCCAUGGUCGAGAGUGGUUAUCACGAAAGCGGUUCAAUUCUACUAAGAUUGUUCAAUAA